AUGGAGAGCACCGGGGCAAUCAACACUGAAACGAUUGAUCACCGGUAUGUGGAUGUGCUCGUGGCGGGGUUGACGGAGGACUGGGUCCGAAAGAAUACCGAGAUCGAUGGAGUAGUAGUUGUCAAUAGUUGUCCGUUAAGCGUGAGGCCCAAAAAUAUCGCUAACCCGCAAGGACCCGCUCGAAAUGACCGCAAGGACACGAGGAGAUUGAAUGGGAAAAUUAUCGAGCGAGGGGGGGUGGUUGGGAGGAGAGCGAAAGAAAGGAACGCGAAGGUCGUGAUGUACGGGGGGGAAGAGAGUAGAGCUGCACCGGCGCGGAGGGAAAAGGUAAAAGGUGGUGGAAAAGAGACUUCGAGAGAGAAGGAGGAAGGCGGUUAG